AUGCGGAGCAAGGUGCCCUACGCGAAGUUCCACAUCUUCAGCGAGCAGCGUCGGCGCAGCAACAACACCGACGAGUUCGACCAGUACAGCAAGUUGGGUGCCACUGUGAACCUGGACACAGAAGCAACUGAAACGCUUGCGCAUUUUGCCAGGGCCGACGUCCUUGUUACUGCGAAGAGCAGCUUCUCAUACUCUGCAGCCCUGUUGAACCCGACUUGUGUGCUUUACCAGAGGUGGAUGUUGGCGGUGCCUGGGUGGGUGCCACUACCAAUGUCAGAAAAUCUUGGAAACGACGCUACUGAAAUGCUCAGUCAGCAGAUCGGCAGCUGCAUGUUGAGCAUCGCAGCGCGGAAAUAUGGCGGACAGGAGUGA